GCAAGGUCGUGAGGCAAGGAGCGGUAGUUUUGCAGCCGCCAUUUCUUCCGCCUCCGGUCUCUGGAUCUUUUGUAGAGCGUCCAACAGCGCUAUGUUGGGACAGAGCAUCCGGAGGUUCACAACCUCAGUGGUUCGUCGGAGCCACUAUGAGGAGGGUCCAGGGAAGAAUAUACCAUUUUCAGUGGAAAACAAGUGGAGAUUACUAGCUAUGAUGACUUUGUUCUUUGGGUCUGGAUUUGCUGCACCUUUCUUUAUCGUCAGACACCAACUGCUUAAAAAGUAAUCCAUGAGACAGAUAGGAAGAGGAGCAUAUUAAGAGGUGCAGUCUCUUAAAAGGAUCAAUCCCUUGAACUCAGCAUCCUAGAUGUUUGUAAAUAAACUUAUAGCAUAAAUCCUUAAUGCCUCUUCUCUGAAAUAUGGAACAUGAUAAUUGAACAUGUGCUUACAUUUUGUUUGGGUAAUAUUGCAUUAUUAGUUUCUUAAUAUGUAUUUGAUUUAGCUUGUU